CCUGUUGCCAAUUAGACAACGGCGCGACUGCUGAGAAAGUAGCCGAGCUGGCAACUCUGCUGCCACCAACUGCCCACAAAUUUUCACCGCCACUGCGAUUCGGACGCGUUCUCGGAGCGAUUCUUCGUCGGUCGGUUUUGUCGUUGUCGUUUGUCGGCUUUUGGCCAACAAAAAUAGAAAACAUUUGUGAAUAAAUCCGGGCAUUUCUGUGCGAAAAGCUGAAUGAAAACGGCAAAGCAAAGGCAAAAAUCUAUUUCAUUUGUUGUUUUUAUUUGGCCCGCAGACCGUGAAUAAAAAUCCAACAACAACAACAAAAUCGGCGACUGCGUUUACGGUCGUAACUGUAAAUUGCUCGACUGCUAUUACAACAGCAACAACAACAAAUACAACUACAACAGAAGUUUUGAUUUAUUCUAAUUAAAAAAAAAAAAGGUUGCGAUAACCAACUCUGUCCGAAUCAAAGGUGACUGAUGACAAUGUGCAGAUGGUCGCUGGCUGAAGUUGCUGGCAGGACACACAGUGCUAGGAUCAACCCAAUCGUCAAGGAGCAGCAGUUGCAGCUGUGAAUGUGAAUGUGGAUGUGGCAGCCUUGUGGAUACUUUUUAUACUGACCAACACGAAAUGCGUUUUUGCAACUCGGCCAACAAGACAACACAGAUACAAAUACAGAUACAGAUCGGUAGAUGAAUUGAAUUGCAAAUGCCCUCCAAUUGCAGCUUUUGAUGCAACCUUAAGGCAGGGGCCCAACUCGACUGAUAGCUUAAACUACUUACUAGGCAAACGGCUAAGACGUAAACAAAUUUUAUAAUUAUUGCUAAGACAUUUUUUGCAAGAAACUCUCGUUAUAUGCCAAAUAUGUGUUGCACCAACUGAAGCUGAAUAGGAAACAUAAAAAAUUAUCUCAAGCAACACUGAAGUACAUCAUCACUCGCCAGCAAGCCUCAAGUCAGCAAGCUAGUUCGCAGCUGGAGUACUGAGAGUAUUGAGAAAGCCAUGGGCAACCAAUGCUGCAGCAAGCAUCAGGAUCAGGAACUGGCAUUGGCCUAUCCCACUGGGGGCUUCAAGAAAUCCGACUACACCUUCGGCCAGACGCACAUAAACAGCACUGGCGGCAGCGGCGGCAACAUGGGCGGCGUUCUCGGCCAGAAGCACAACAACGGUGGCUCCCUGGACUCGCGCUAUACGCCGGAUCCCAAUCACCGGGGUCCCCUGAAAAUCGGCGGAAAGGGCGGCGUUGACAUCAUCAGGCCACGCACCACACCAACCGGCGUGCCUGGUGUGAUGCCCAAACGAGUGGUUGUGGCCCUCUACGACUACAAGUCCCGCGAUGAGUCCGAUCUGAGCUUCAUGAAGGGCGACCGCAUGGAGGUCAUCGACGACACCGAGUCCGAUUGGUGGCGCGUCGUGAAUCUGAGCACCCGCCAGGAGGGUCUCAUCCCGCUCAACUUUGUGGCCGAGGAGCGCAGCGUCAACAGCGAAGACUGGUUCUUUGAGAACGUGCUGCGCAAGGAAGCCGACAAGCUUCUACUGGCCGAGGAGAAUCCACGUGGCACUUUCCUGGUCCGACCUUCGGAGCACAAUCCCAAUGGCUACUCGCUGUCAGUGAAGGAUUGGGAAGACGGACGUGGGUAUCAUGUGAAGCAUUAUCGCAUCAAGCCGCUGGACAACGGAGGCUACUACAUUGCCACCAAUCAGACCUUCCCCUCGCUCCAGGCUCUGGUCAUGGCCUAUAGCAAAAAUGCUCUUGGCCUGUGCCACAUACUGUCGCGUCCCUGCCCCAAGCCACAGCCCCAGAUGUGGGACCUGGGACCGGAGCUGCGUGACAAGUAUGAGAUUCCUCGCUCGGAGAUUCAGCUGCUGAGGAAAUUGGGCCGCGGCAACUUCGGCGAGGUCUUCUACGGCAAGUGGCGCAACAGCAUCGAUGUGGCUGUUAAGACUCUACGCGAGGGCACCAUGUCCACGGCUGCCUUCCUCCAGGAGGCGGCUAUCAUGAAGAAGUUCCGCCACAACCGCCUGGUAGCUCUUUAUGCAGUCUGCUCGCAGGAGGAACCCAUCUACAUUGUCCAGGAGUACAUGUCCAAGGGCAGUCUGUUGGACUUUUUGCGUGAAGGCGAUGGCCGCUACUUGCAUUUCGAGGAUCUCAUCUACAUAGCCACCCAGGUGGCCAGCGGCAUGGAGUAUCUGGAGUCCAAGCAGCUCAUCCACCGCGAUCUGGCGGCCCGCAACGUCCUCAUUGGCGAGAAUAAUGUGGCAAAGAUUUGUGAUUUCGGACUGGCACGCGUGAUUGCCGACGACGAGUACUGCCCGAAGCAAGGAUCCCGGUUUCCGGUGAAGUGGACAGCGCCGGAGGCGAUCAUCUACGGCAAGUUCUCCAUCAAGUCGGACGUUUGGUCAUACGGCAUCCUACUGAUGGAGCUGUUCACGUACGGACAAGUGCCCUAUCCGGGCAUGCACAGCCGCGAGGUGAUCGAGAACAUUGAGCGCGGAUUCCGUAUGCCGAAGCCGACAAAUCACUACUUCCCGGACAACAUCUAUCAGCUGCUGCUGCAGUGUUGGGAUGCUGUGCCCGAGAAGCGGCCCACGUUCGAGUUUUUGAAUCACUACUUCGAAUCCUUCUCGGUCACGUCCGAGGUGCCGUAUCGAGAGGUGCAAGACUAAGCUAAGAGUCCAGCCUAAUCACAAUCACAAAAACACACCCACACAUCACCUUGACACCCUCACAUACACACAACCACACGUCGUACGAUAUAUAAAUAUAGUAUAUAAAGUUAUACAUACAUAUUAUACAUUUAUAUGCAUAUUUACUAUAAUUCUUAAGACUUUUUAAUGGCAUAGUUGCAUACCAGCCAACACACGUGCAUCUACACGAACUCUAUAUGUAUGGUAUAUGUAUGUGUUUAAGCGUAUCUAAAUGAUUCAGAAAAAAAAAACAAAAAAAUCCAAAAACAAAAAAAAAGUAAAUUGGAAAAACUACAUUUUAUAUUUUACACGCAAAACUAUUUUAUAAUUUAUAUACCUAACUGUAUGUACUAUGGAAAUAGAAAGUAUUUAACUAGUUUUGUAAGCUUAACGAGAAACAGAUGAUGAUGUGGGUAGAAAAAGCAAAUGAAUUUGAUGGCAACCCUAUUGAAUUUCAAGUCGAAUACAGCUACGAUUUAACGAUACUUUAAUCGGUGCUUAGGUUUUAUGUAUAAACAAUCCAAUCCACUCUAUAACUAGAACUCUUUGAUCUUAUCCUCCCUUUGAUGAAUACUUUCUUCUGAUACUUUCCACAAACAGACACAAACAACUACCACAAGACUAUCUACUAAGCCAAGAAUUAUUUGACUCAAUCAGUCCGAAUCGAAAAAUCAAAAGAAACUUAAAUUGUAAUUGUUGCUAAUGAGAAACUCCAAUGAUGGCAUUUACUUAUAAGGUGGCGUAACCCUCGUCUCGUCUCUACUUCCAUGUCCGAUAACUGAACGGAAAUGAUCUAUCACCCGAAUGAGAAUAAAAAUAUAUUGAUUUGCUGCUUCCUCGAUUAGAUGAGGCUAAAAAAGAAAAGAAAAGAAAGAAUAAAAUGAAAAGAAAAGUAAGGAAAUUAAAUGAAAAGCGAAAAUUGCAUUUUGUACAAAUCCAUUAUAAAAAGAGAAAAAUAACGCAUUUCACGUUUCGUUGUUAGCAAUUGAACCAAUGAAUGUUUAUAGUACAUUUAGGUUUAUGCCAAAAUUAUUGUUUACUUUCGUUCGUACACUUAAGCACAAGCUAAACACAAUUGGGCACUGUCCAUGUAGUCUAGAUAUAUCUCUAUUGAUGUACAACCUGCAGCGUUGGCCCGCAUUUAGUUCCUUUCCAGACCUGCUGUUCCUUGCGCGUACGCGCGUACAGCCCCAAAUCAAUAGCCCGACUCAAGCCAUACGGAUACGGAUCACUUGCUAUCUCAAGGGUUUCAAAUGCAAAAUAUCACAUGAUAAAUGUAACGAAAACGAUCUGUUUCAAUCAAUCGACCAGAGAACACAGAAUCACAUAAUACACACAUCUCUUAGCUUCUAGACGUCCAAUACGAACAGAUAACCAUAUACACAUGAAUCGAACAUCGAUUGGAGGAGACUUUAUUUAAUUUAUUUGAGUUUUGUUAUAGUUUUAGUUUGUCGUUUAUCAGAUUAUAUAGUACAUAUAGCAUAUAUUGUGUUGGCCAUUGUGUGCACAUUCUGUAGCAUAAAACCAAAGUUUAGCAUUUCGUAUUGAGAUAUAUGUAUUUGUAAAGAACAUUUAUACGGCAACUCGAAGCAUUUCACACACACACACACACACCCACACACACACGAAUCAGUUUAUAGGAUAACCAGCCAGGCUUAAAAACUAGCGAGAAAACAGAAUCCAAUCAUUGUAUGAAAUCGCAUUCAAUUUAACCACAACGGAAUCAUUGCAAAUAAUUAAUUGAAAUAUUGUUAUAAUUCACAGGCAAAACUGAAAUUGUUUAGCGUAGUUGAUGAAUUUUUGUAUAUAAACUUGACAUAACAUGUAGAAUAAAGCGAAAAUUAAAUUGAAAAGUAAUAAUACCAAAACUAAUUAUGGCUAA